CUGCAGUGUGACCUGCAGACAGGUGGUGACAAAUGAAAAGGAAAGAAGAAGAAGAAGAAAAAAAACGUGAAUUAAUGAGUGCAGACAUAUGAAGAAUAGUGUGAGGUUGUCCGACAUCAUGAGUCAGCGGACGGAGCGACGUGGGAUACAUGUGGACCAGUCAGACCUGCUGUGCAAAAAGGGAUGUGGUUACUAUGGCAACGCAGCAUGGCAGGGCCUGUGCUCCAAGUGCUGGAGGGAGGAGUACCAGCGGGUACGCCAAAAACAGAUCCAGGACGACUGGGCCUUGGCAGAAAAGUUGCAACGUGAAGAGGAGGCAGCGUAUGCCAGCGUUCAUGGAGCUCAGGCCCUGUCCCACUCCCAGCCCGCCGCAUCACAGCCGCACACAGGACACGCUUCUCUGGGAGCCUUCUCAAAGUUCGAGGAGAAGAAAACCAAUGAGAAGACGCGUAAAGUGACCACCGUUAAAAAAUUCUUCAGCCCUUCGUCACGCACAGCUUCCAAGAAGGAAACCCAAGAGGGAAAGACUCCCAGUCCAUCCAUUAGCCGCCAUGCCAGCUUUGACACAGAACAAGUGUCAAAGGACUUUGUGGACUUCUUGAAGAACCUCCAGAAACCAGGUCGAGAGAUCCAUAAGCAGUGCCGAGCUUUUAUUGUGAACAUGUCCAGCAAGAAGGACCUCGGUGCUGACGAACUGUCCGAGUGCGUGCAGGAUUUCUAUCAGAACCUGGCGGACCGCUUGAUGAGUCACUUUAAAGGAUCUUCAGAGUCUGUGGAGCAGGUGAUGGACCAAGUGGAAAAGUACAUCAUGACUCGUUUGUAUAAGAGCGUUUUCUGCCCAGAAACCACUGAUGAUGAGAAGAAGGAUUUGGCCACACAGAACAGGAUCAGGGCCUUACACUGGGUGACCAUUGAGAUGCUCUGUGUGUCCAUGGAUGAAGAAAUCCCUGAAGUCUCUGAGAAUGUGGUCAAAGCAAUAACAGAUGUCAUUGAGAUGGACUCUAAGCGGGUUCCUCGGGACAAACUAGCCUGCAUCACGCGCUGCAGUAAACACAUCUUCAGUGCCAUCAGGAUCACCAAGAAUGAGCCGGCCUCAGCUGACGACUUUCUCCCCGCGCUCAUUUACAUCGUGCUCAAGGCGAACCCACCACGGCUUCAGUCCAACAUCCAGUACAUCACCCGCUUCUGUAACCCCAGCAGGCUGAUGACUGGAGAGGAUGGAUACUACUUCACCAACCUGUGCUGUGCGGCGGCCUUCAUCGAGAAGUUAGAUGCUCAGUCUCUCAAUCUCUCCCCGGAAGAAUUUGAGCGAUACAUGUCGGGCCAAGCUUCGCCACGACUCAACAACUCGGAGGGCGAGUGGCCUCACAGUGGCUCGGCAGUUGGGGUGACUCCCACCAACCCUGUCCUGGCUCAGCUCAAUCACAACCUGGAAAUGCUGUCGGGCCUCAGCAGCCGGCAGGAGUCGCUGAUGGAGGCUGCUCAGAGCCUGCAGGCCGACCUCAUCGCCUGGCCCAAGAACGUACAGCGGGAGGUGAACGACAUCCUGGAGAAAUACCCUCUGGAGAUUAUGUCGCGCACAGUUUCAGCCAUCGAUGCCAACAACAUGGACAACGACCAACUGCCGCCACCCCUCACACCCCAGGUGUUCGCUGGGUAGUGGUGUCUACAAAGGGAUAAAGGACAUUUCAUACACAGCGAGGGUAAUCCUGCUUUUAAAAGUCAACUCACUGCUUGUAUGUUUUGAGUUUGAUGAUCUUACUCACUCCUGAAUGGUUUGGAGCCAUAUCACACUUAGCUUAUUCUGCACUUUAAAGCCUAGUCACACCAGCAUUCAAAACAGCUUAAAUCUGCAGCAAAAUCAAUGCAUUGCUUGCUUCUUUUUUUAAAUUUUAACUUUGUGCAAUAACAAUGUAAAUAGAGAAAAAAGUGACAUUAAACACAGACACACAGCAGAAUACAGACAAGAGUCAACCAAAAGAAAGAUUGAGAAAACAAACAAAUAGAAAAAAAAUUAUAACAGUAGUAGAAUUACUGUAUUUUAGAGGAUUGAAAUGGAGAUGAUUAGUUCAAUGUCAGUUUUAAAGUAAAUUUGUGUAAAUUUUAACUUAAACUAUCUCAACGGUGCUAACCUGUCAUAGGAACAGAAAGCAUGACACUCCAAAGUGGAGGAAGCUAUCGUAGCUCAUUAGCUGUGUUGCCACAUCCAGCUUUAUUUAAACCUCAUCUGUCGGGGUAUAAACUCACACUAGAGGCAUGGUUUUUAGACAGCUGUGAGACAGGAGUCAAUUAUAUAAAAUGUCUCUUGAGUAAACCGUGAACCUGCUGUACCGUCAGCGACUAAUAAGCUGGCUAACUGUCAGUUUAACUAGCCUGCAUGCAGAGCUUCUUUUUCCCCUCUUCAGCAUCUCAUCAUUAAAGUAAAUGAAAAUAAAGCCAUGACUCUCCAGCUUCAGUAGUUCACCAAAUAGCCCUGCGAGGAGUUACCUAAAAUACCAAGACUUAGUUUGACUGGGUGUUUAUGAACAUCUAAUCCUCUUUGAAGCCUUGAAGCUCUUUCUUGACAGUUCCUGUUGUGACUUUUUGUAACCACAGUUUCUGUUUUUUUUCUGGGUUACAGGCAAGUAAAAACAUGUCAUACAGCACGUAUAAUACAUCUGUGUGGUAUAAUGUGGGUGUGUGUGUCAGCUUCAAGCCAGUUUGACUCAAAAAUAGAGCAGAUUAAUUCCCUUUCUUGCUGUUUUACGUGUCUGUUACUGAGCUUGGUGAAACGGUUAAAAAUGGAAUCACGACUCUGGGACAAGAUCACGUUGUCUUUGUCAAGUAUCAAAUUCACCUCAGAGUUUUUAUUUUAUCUAGCAAACACAUUUUAACAUUGUGCCGUGGUCCUAAAAUUCACUGUAUUUUGGCAGGCUUCCUGCAUAUUCACCUCUAUAAUGAAUCUGUGACUGAACAAGCAUGUUAUACAGUAUGGAUAAUGUAUUUUAAAUAUUGAUUUUUGUCUUUGUGUGAUGUACUGUAUAAUACCGGCUGUACAAACAGGCUGGUGUCUGUUGAAAACACUGUAGCCGUUUCACUGUUUUUUUGUUGUUUUUGUGUUGAUUCAUUUGCUUCAGGAUGUUUUUAAUAUGUCAAAUAGAAUAACAGCACCUUUAUUUCAAUAACUAGCAGAGUGACAACUGGACAUAUAAAAUCAUAGAAAGUGUUAGAUUAUUGUAAAUGACUGUAUUUACUCAACUGCAGAGAGAACCAAGCUUAGUUUAACUAAUCCAGACUAACAUUGUAGGAUUGAUACUUUAAAUCUUAGAUGAAUUGUACUCCUGAGUGGUUGGCAUGGUACUGUGGCUGCAGAUGGUACUUUUUCCUGCAGUUGCCCAGCAGCUAAUUUAGAUUUGAGUCUGGUGAUGGUACUUUUAUUACUAUUAACAAAUCCCCUUAAAAAGACCAAAAUGAAUGGUGAAUUUGAAGUAUUUCCUAUGUAGCCAAACACUAAAAUAGCAUCUUCCACUGAUGUCUAAAACUAUUUAAACACAUAAAUGAGCCACACUUUGUAUCUAUGGACAUGAACACUGUAGGUGGUUUGGUGUUAAUCCCACAUGCACCAAUUGUGUAUUAAUCCCACACUAAAAAUGACUGAGCCUUACAAAAAAUGAAACUUUGUUUGCAAGCAAGUUUUACGUAUUUAGAUCCAGUGGGCUUGUGGCUGAGUGCAGCAGAGGCGUACUGAAGUCUGAAAGUAGGCUACUCAUUAGAUUUGUUGACAAUAAUAAAAAAUAACAGAAAUAAAACAGUAAAAUAUUUAUGGAACUGACUUAACUGAAAUUGAAUACUUAAAGCCAAGUGUACACGUUUCAUAUUUGUCAGGACAUUUCAUACAUUUAAGUGUUAAAUAACACAUUUGUCUAAAAACUGUUUUAAAACUUAAACUUGAAUUAAACUUUGGUGCUCAAAUGGACCAGAUUAGUCUGCAGAUAACAAACAAACCUAGAAAUAUAAUUAACUCCAGUAAAAUAUAGGUGAGUACCUAAAAGUUGAUGGAAAACUGUAG